GACUUCCAUCCCUAAUACUUCUGAUAUCUGAAUUCUUUUUUACAUUUUGUGCAACGAAAAAAAUGACUAGCUGCGUGUCAGCGCAGCAGCAAAAGGACCAGGAGCAGUUGUUGGAGGAGCUAAACGCGAGCGACGAUGAAAUGGACGACGCACAAGAUGAAGAUGCGGACAAGGCGAAGGAACAACUGACAGAGCCCACAUUCUACUUUUCGAACAGCCACACCUGCUGGGUUUGCAAUGGCUAUUAUGGGCCCAACUUUGGUGAGCCGCUAUGCGGGGCGUGUCAUGCCUUUCUGUACAACGCACAACUGGCCGAAGAGAUGCUGACGGAACUGUCGGAUGACGAGGAUUCUGGCAACGAUGAGCCACCGUUCAAGGACAAGCAAGAGGAUGAGGAAACUGAAAACGAUGUGGACAUAAUGGGAUUCGAAGACCUGGAAGAUGCCGAGCCCGCAGCACAGCCGCACCAGCCACAACCACAGCCACCGCUGCCAGUGAAUAAUGUUCUGGCGGAUGCGCUGAUCCAACAGUUAGAAAUGCCACAGCAGCAGGCGCCAGAUCUGGUUGCCCUGCAACCGCCGGCACGACGCGCAACACCUGAACGCGACUUUGACAAUGAGCGCGCCGUCAAUCCGUUCCUGUUACCCAUCAAGCGGCCACGAGCCACGGCCCCAUUGGGCCUGCCGCACUACAUGAACGAGCUGGCCGAUGGCAGGUUGCGGACCCAUGAAUAUAACAAUGCCAAUGGGGCUGGCGGUAGCAAUGCACGGGUCAAUAAGAGUAUCAUUAGCCGCAUACCCGUCGAGAUAUUGCUGAAAAUAUUCGCCUAUCUGGACGACAUGUCCCUGUGGAUGUCCAGCGAAGUGUGCAAGCAGUGGCACGACAUCAUUGGCAAGAACACGGCCCAAAGCAUGUGGAAGGCGUACAUCAAGCAGCGCUGGCCAUUGUUCGAGAGUCUCGCGGACGCGCCGAACUGGUACAAGCUGUACGGCGCCUUGAUGUCGUCAUGCUUCUGUCGCACCUGCCUGAUUGAAAUGGGCGGACGCGGUCAGUCUCAGCACGACGAGGAGCAGGACAAUCCGAUACGAAAUAUAUUUCUGCGCGGCGAGGCUAAUCUGCUGAACAGCUACGAGUCGGAGGGCAUUUCCGCCAUACCAUUGGAUCGACAGAACAACUAUUGGCAGGCAACGAUACUGGGGCCACCGGGCAGUCCCUACGAGGGCGGAAAAUUCUUCUUGUUUAUCUACUUCCCCGACCGGUAUCCCAUGGCACCGCCCACAGUGCGUUUUCUAACCAAAAUCCUACAUCCGAAUGUAUCUCGGCACGGCGAUGUGGGCAUUGACAUAUUCCAGCAGCAAAACUGGUCGCUGGCGCUGAACGUGGCGAAGGUUUUGCUGUCAGUUCAGAGCCUACUCACCGAUCCGUACACCGAGGUGUGCAUGGAGCCAGAAGUGGGCUAUAUCUACGAGCAUGAACGCGAGCGUUUUGAGCAGCUGGUGCGUUCAUGGACCUGGAAGUAUGCCAUGUUCGAAUUGAUAUCGCCUCGCUAAGCAGCAGCCGCCCGCUGCACGUUGAUGUGUCAUUCAUGGAAGACAC